CUUAGGGUGUUGUUGAUGUUGCAUUCAUUGUUAUUUCUUCCAUGUUUUCGAUUCAUUUGGGCCUAUAAAGGCAAAGACGACAAAAUCUUAAAUUUUUCUGGAACAUAACAACGACUUAUUGACUUCAAACGGGUCAAAAAGACAAGAAUAACUUUAAAAGCUUCUGCUGACUCUCCUUGAACACUAUUUAGAAAUUUGAAGAAAUUUCUGAGGUGAGAAAGUCCCACGUUGUCUUCAAAAAUGGCGGAUAAUGGAAAGUUUAAUCCCAAAAACCCCGAUGCUUGGGGCAUUGGAAAUGUACAAUAUUUAAUUGCGCCUGCUGUUGGCAUGGUUCUCUUUGUAGUUUACUUGGUCUACAAGCUUCUGAAGAGCUAUGAAGACAAAAAGAAAGGAAAAGAGGAGAAGAAGAAAUUAAAAGCUGAAAAGAAAAGAAGGUGAAUGUAUUCGUAGCAUAAUUAAUUAUCUUAACAGAUAUAAAUUGAUUGUUUUAAACUGUAAUUUUAAUCUAUUUCAUUGUAAGAAACAGUUAAUGGCAUUUGCUAUUAAAUUUAUCUGUAUAGAGGAGAGCUCCGGGUGAAUUUCUCUGUUCUUUGUCCUCUGAAACAUUCAGAAAUCAAUUUAAAUUUUAAUAACUGCUUUAAAUCACUUGUAGGGUACAGUUUUAGCUGGUAUUUCAAAUAUGGUUCAUUAACAAAAGUUGAUUAAAGAAAUUUGUGCUAGGAGUCAUAGUGGAUUUUGGAACAAGGCUAGUGGGGUGAAUCCAUGCCAGUUUCCUGAAAUUAGGUGGGAGGUUUGUAAAGACUGAGCCAGAUAUAGGUUACUGCGAAAAAUAUUUUUGGAGUAUGGUUUUAACUGCAAGCCAUGGCUCUCAGAGUUGCAAAAGCAUAAGUCGGAUUUUUACAACAACAAAAUAAAUUGGAAACUAUCAAAACUUUAAAUCAAUUAUUUCUUUGACAAAUUGUUAGCAACCAUUGUCCUAGAUCUGCCGCCAUUGAUACUAACAACAUGCAGAAUACAGGGCAUAUAUUUUGCUGACUGUCUUUCGGCCUCUGCACAGAAUAAUUGAGAGGCAAUUCUAGGCACUUAUCUGGUCCGUGUUUUCUGAAUCCAGAAACUUGUUUGUCCCUCCAGAGCCAAUCACCGCUUGUUUGACCUCUGCAAACGUCUUGUGAGCCAAUCAGAGUGUAUUUCACCUCUGCAAUUUUUGGUGCAAGCAUAGGUGAGAUUUGAUUUAUCAAAACAGAAGUUGAACUUGCCUCUGCAGCGGGACAGCCAACCAAUAGAAUCAGAGUUGACCUAUGCAAUUGUUUACAGUGGACCACUGCAAUUGUUUUUGCAACCAAUGAAAUAGAAAUUUAGAAUCACUGCUUCACCCCUGCUAAGGAAACUCUAGCUAAGUCAGUCAACCUUGCAGUGUCUGUUCUGUAGUGUUGUGGUAUGACCACUGUGCUCAGAACAUGGGUGGCCCUGGUUUGAAUACUUCUGGGGUCGGCUAAUUUAGAGGUUUCUUCUUUCGAAUUGCAGGUAAAUUUAGUCUUCUCUUUGUGAGUCGUUACCUUAGAAUACCUUUUUGAAACCCCCUAUUUAAUAUCAGUGAUACUGAUUAAUUUUGAAAAAUCUGGGCGUUUCCAACGCAAAAGGACGUGGCUUCUCUAUCUGACAACUUUUGUAUAGGUCAGAAUUCAGGCUGGAACCGUGCCUGACAGCAUUUUGAGCAACAGACAGGGUGGCCAGAGGAGCAUUAGGGUGGGGGUGUAAAGCCCCAAGAAAAGGGGCAAACAAUAGCAAAAUAAAGGAAAUUGCUAAAUUUUGGUAGGGCAGGGUCGCAACCCCUAUUCUCUACAUGCUCUUGAAUCCAUUGCAAUAGUUAGGUUAUUUCUUUUUCAAUAAUUAUUAAACUAUUUCGACAAAAACUUUUUUAGAAAAUGUUGAAGCAAUUCAAAAUAUGCUGCAAAAUUAUUGUAGCUGCAAAAUUAAAAUGAGUUUUGAUGCAGAAAAAUCCGUUGUGUGAAACAAAAGUGUGUGUGAUUGAUUCCCUUGUUUAACCAAACAAGAGACACUGUCCUAUCACUAUGUUUAAAGCCCUAAACAAUUAAGUAACCCUCUCCCCCUGGUUACACGUACCAGGGUUUACAUUUUAAUGUCGGGUGGAGUAAAUUUCCUGAAAAGAAUUAAGUCCGACUUGACUAGUCAUACAAAGAUCUAUAUAGCUAUGCUUCUAUAAACUGUACCCCCUUAAUAGCAAGAUUUUGACAAGAUUUUGCCAGGACUUUUAAAGAUAAACCGGGGGCUGCAUCUGGACUAUAGCAAAGAGAAGCCAUCGACUGGAAAAUUUUAUUAAAAUUAUAAAUACCAUCUUACUGAAAAUUUCAGUGUUUAUGGUCCUUUCUAGCCCCCUUAGAGUCAUGGAUUUUAAUUGCGUGACGUAAAUAUUGUCAAGCGAGGCUCGAUUGAUUGAUUAGCGGCCUCUCUUUGAGAUUUUCUUACAGGUGUCAAAUAUGUUGGAAUCUUUCAAAUAUUCGUGAAGCUUCCAUGACAGCACAUCGUUCUUAAGUGAGAGAUUACUUGAUAAAAUCAUGUUUAGAAUCCCCUUUCACCCCAUUAACAAAGUUUUGGAUGGUGUACUUUGCUUUAAAGAGAGGCUAAAUAGACAGGGCGGACUGUUGACUUCUCCGCCAGAAAGCUGCGUUCUAGCGCAGUUCCCUGUGGAUAUAUUAGGAUGCCAUGGUAACGUAAUUUGUCACGGGUGGAUGACAAACGAGUUCGGUCAAAAGAUCGGAAUUUUAUAAGGAUCACCCGUAGUUGUCUUCAUGCAUAAUUUAUGCCUUUGGAAUCCCUUGCGACUUCUAUUGUUCGAAAACCUUCCGAAAUAAUUCCGAUACUAUUUGAAAUCAACUAUAAGUUUAGUAUUUUAUAUAAUAUCGGAUUAAUUGCUACUUCGUGUGCCUGGUUUUAUGGCCUUUGGAUAUCGAGAUGUAAUGGAGAGUUUUUGAGCCUGUUUUAAAGAUGGAAUUCGUACACGAGAGCCCUGGUGGGUGAAAAAGUGGACACAAAAAUUUGAAAAUGGGUCCAAGGCGAAAAUGGCUAUGUUUUGUAAUUCAUACUCUAUUGGUGUGCUUCAUUCUCCAGAGGAAAUGCGCUCUUGCUGUUCCUGGCGAUUCAGUGGAUCUGUCAAAUAUGGAAGAGAAUCCGGGCUCGGUAACAAACUCCGGACUGACCGAAUCGCAGAAAAACUCAUUACUACAGUUACACAACGCAUUCCGGUCAAUUGUGAAACCGACCGCGAGUAAUAUGAUCCGCAUGACCUGGGACUCGGAACUCGAAAAAAUCGCUUCGGACUUUGCGGCAAAAUGCAUCGUAGCGCAUAACCCGGAUCGACACAAGCAGGCGAAACAUUACGAUUGGGUUGGCGAAAAUAUCGCCUGGGGUACGGGAUUAUGUGGCGAUAAAGAGUGUGGGGAUGUUUUCGAGGGCGUAAAACGCUGGUUCAGUGAAAGCAAGAACUAUAAUUUCAUAACGGGACAAUGUUCCGGGAAAUGUACAUUGUAUACACAAAUGGCUUGGUGGGAAUCGAAUAAAUUAGGAUGCGGAGCGAAACGUUGUGGUGAUCGGUCAAUCCUGGUUUGCAAUUAUGCACCCGGGGGGAACUACGUUGGGCAAAAGCCGUACAGACAAGGCAAGCCUUGCAGUGACUGUCCUAAAGGAUCUAUAUGCGAUAAUAAUUUGUGCGUUCCCCCUGAUCAGCAGGGGAAUUGCCGGCAUUGUGUAAACAAGGGGUCCAAUCAUAAUAGGCAGGAGACACCCGAUUUUAGCAGCACUCAGAUGUCAGAAGAAGAGGCCCCCCUGCCAACACCAACUCCAACGAAGAACCCUUUGCUCCCGGACGGAUGGCAAGAGCUUCCGGUUCAUUUAAUCCAGAUUGACUCGGGUAUGACCGGAUUCACGUGGGGUCUCAAUGCAAGGAAUACUCCAUUUCUGUUGGAAUUGGAUAACAUGCUAACCCGGAUCAAUGGAACGCUGCAUCACGUGUCUGCCGGCCAAUCAGGUGUCUGGGGAAUUGGUCUUCUUGGAAAUAUAUUUCUAAGAACUGGAAUCACGGAAGAAAAUCCAAGAGGCUUACUGUGGGAAAGGGUACGGGGUAACCUGAAACAAAUUGAUUCUGGCCCAGCUGGAGUUGUCUGGGGCGUCAAUAGAUUCGAUCGAGUGUUCUGUCGAAUUGGAAUCAGUGCCCAGGCCCCUGCUGGUACAGGCUGGCGCUUAAUCCCUGGCAAUUUGAAAUACGUUUCAUGUGGUGAAUAUGGUUGCUGGGGUGUUGAUAAACAGGGGACAAUAUACUUCCGCAAGGGUGUCGCCCCUAGCACCCCUGAGGGAGCUGAAUGGAAAACAAUUCCCGGGAGCUUGAGGAUGAUCGAGACUGGCCCUCAUGGAGUGACUGUUGGUGUCCGGGAAUCGCCAGAAGGAAUCCAAGAUGUCCUGUAUCGAACCGGAGUCACGCAGGAGAAACCGGAGGGUCUCCAGUGGAUGAAACUACCAGUGAAGCUAUCUCAUGUGACUGUCGGAAACCGUGGAAUCAUGGGAAUUAUGCAUAAUGGCGCGGUCGUGGUUCACAAAGAACUGCGUGUAACUGAUGACGCAGUGCCAACUAUCCAGCCUGAAAUGGAGAUUGGAACAACAGCGGUGCCACUGGAAAGAAAUAACAUGGCCGUCACUGGCAACCCGUCAUCUCCCGCGGGUGGCACGCGCACAUUCCCGUCAACAACUCCAAGCACCCACACAGCACCGCUUGUCUCGGCAAGUAACAACGGGGAAGGAAGUGUUAACAAACAUGUUAGCUAUGGGGACGAAAAAACACAAGAAAAGGAUCCAUUAAAACUCAGCCCUGAGAUGGCUAAUAAGAUUUUACACAUGAUUCAAGAAAAAAGCAACCAAUUUGAAAUGACCCACAAAGCUGCUGCGCAGAAGAUGCAAAGGAAUGUCAGUCUUGCUGCUGCGCAGAAUCAGCACUCAGGCUCAUUGCAAGAGAAGCUCAUCUCCCCGCAAGCUCCACAACCCCCCUCGAAUAUGAAAAACGCAACUGGUGCCCAGGCUCCUGUUGUUCCUCCUCCUGCACAGCCACCUGUUGCUGCGAAUCAGCAACCACAGUCGGCAGUGACGCCACAGCAGAAUACGUUGGAUCAAAAUAAGGGAAAGGCGAACACUCAAAAUGCGACGCCUAACCCCACAUCUGGACAAGCAUUUCAAGACGCUUUACAGAAACUGACAAAAGCAACUAGCGCAAGUGCAAAGACACCCCAGCCAGCAAAUAAAACUGCAACAGACCCCCAGGCAGCUAAACCAGCUGAAACCCCAUCGCAAAAGUUACCAUCAGUAGACACCGCCCAACAUGCAUCAACGGCUGCGCAGUCUCCACAUGCCACUGCGCUGCAGCCUCCAAACUCUAAUCCGCCAAUCAACGCGCAGCAACCAGUAAAUGCAGUAAACAAACCAAGCGAUCCUGCGCAGCAGCCUAAAGUGCCUGCAGAAACACCUCGUAAUCAACCAGUCCAGCCACAAACUGCUGUGAAUGAGCAACAUCAACAACCUCAACCAGUUAUACAUGCUAACCAACCAAUAAAUGAACCAACUAAAUUGCAGCCUCAGCUUGACUCAAAAGCGCAGUCAGCACAAGAAGGAGGCCAGAAAAACGUUGCUAUGAAAGCACCUGCGCAGCCAACUCCGUUGAAACCAACCAUUUUAGCGCCUGUGCAGAGCCGACCCCACACGCAACCACAAGCGAAGGAGCAAAGACCCAUCAAUCAACAUUUCUCUGCCCCCAUUACAAGACCAUCUACCCAUCGACUUCCAACUCGAAGACCAACUUUGGCAGUAACACAGAAAUCAAACAAGUUCAAUAACCAAUUGUUGACAGCUACGAGGCCUGAAAAUAUGCACCAUGUAUUUGUGCCAACUGGGACAGCUUAUAAACCAACACCUCCAACUAUUUCGAAGAACAAGCAUCCGAAUAUGGAACUCUUCCCAACAAAAACAAAAUAUCGAGAUGAAGAUUACGAUAUCGGCUUGAUUGGCAGAAAGCAUCUUAACGAAAUUUCCAGUGGCGUCAAAGUGCGACCGACGACCAGAUUAACGCCGAAACCCAUCCACACUGCUCCGGUGACGAAUGCCGUCACAGUUUCAUACGAGCUCACAAGGUCAUGCUGCGCAAUUCCUGACAGCGUUUGCCCCAUACCACGUGACUGUACAGGGUACAUCGAAUGCAAGGGGUACAAUGGUUUCUACAGAGUAUGCGAACGGGGCAAGAUGUUUCACCCCUUCAAGAAUAUUUGUGACUACCCCAGAAAUGUCGAUUGUGAAACAAUAAAAGUUGGUGGUACUUUAGUCAAUUCGAUGGAAAAUCAGAAUACCGAUUUUGCUCUUCGAAGCGAGCCGACAAAACCAUUGGCAGCCCAAGCUCCUGCUGAAAAACAGUUGCCCCCCGGUUCCGACUUCAUGGAUCUUGAAGUACAAUCGCCACAGAGAAGCUCGGUACAAAGUUCGGAUGCAAAUGUGGAAGUUCCGGAGCCGAGGAUAACCGCACCGGAAGGAGGGAAUAGCGGCGUGUUGCGGGAAGUAUGGUUUGGGCUUGGUCUUAGUCCACACCUCAAAGACCUUAUCAACAAUCCGCGUUUUCCUCAAACACCGGACGAGUAUCUUAUUCUUGAUAAAUUUGAAGCACCUCCAAAUGCUGGCGACGGAUAUGGUCAAAGGCUAUCGACGUAUUUUCGGGCCCCCCUAACUGGUGAUUACCUCUUCUACAUGUCAUGUGACAACGAAUGCGAGUUAUGGUUAAGCCCGGACACAGACGAGCUGAACUCAAGCAUGUCUAUCGAAUUGAAAAACGGACAUUACACCUCAUAUCGACAAUGGACAAAGUAUCCAUCUGAGCAGACCUCCCGGCCUGUGAAAAUGGAGAAAGACAAAUUCUAUUUUAUGGAGUCAUUUAUGAAAGAGGGAACCGGGGGUGACAACUUGUCGAUUGGAGUCAGGUUCCCAGAUGGAAAAACGGAAAUGCCAAUUUUCAACAACUUAUUUUUGAUUCCUGCUCUUACUGGCCCGGCUUCUGCCGAUAAAAACCUAAAAUCUGGAAGGACUAAAAAAUUACUUGAAAAUGCACAAUAUAGUAACUUACCGGUUCAGGAAAACUAUUUGGAAAGACCGGACCGUGUGCAAAACUUCGAAUCCGACUUAGAUAUGUUCAAUGCUCGCAAGCGAACAUCCGUCCGGCGUGACAGUGAGUAAACCGGACCGUGGUUUUUGAACCAGGUUAUAUUUCUGAUCUCUGGUAAUAAAAUUUUGGGUUUGCUCGGUGCUACAACAUAAAUCAGUGCGAGCAAUAUGAUCCGGACGGCAAGAGGUUGAGCUUCGUCCUAGAAAUUCCGGUUUCGUGAAAGUCAAAGAAAGAUCCGUCUGGAACUGAUUUUGAAACCGUUGUCAUUGUUUCCUGUGAAUGGAGUCCGGAACGUUAUAAACGACUCUGGAGAUGAAAUUAUGGCAGAAAGGAUCGGACGAAGACAGAACUGGAAAAUAAAGGAAUUCAGAACGGAUAAAGAAACGAGACUUCAAAAAGACUUCAAUAACACAAUGUCAAUGGUAUAUAUGAAUUAAUGUAUGAAGUAUCUAAAAUGUUUAGAGACCGCAGAGAUCCGGAAUUAUGGUGUCUCUGGGGAAUAUAUUCAAUAUUUAUUCAGUGUUCUUUGAGGAGGCCUCAAAAGCCGCUGAAAACGUCGAGUUGAAAUGGUUUUGAUAUAUAUACAGACGUGUCCUAGUAAUGUAAAUCUUCGGCGCAAAGGUGAUCCUCAAAGAACAUCCAUUUAAAUUUGAAUUAUUAACCGAAAACGAUUUUUGUCCCUACUGAUUGUAAUCCCACGCGAUGCUUUUUUCGUUGAACCGUCAUGUUUUGCUGACGCCAUACUGCAUCGUAGAAUCUCUCGCGGGCGGUCUGAUUCAGAGCGAUGAUAUAUUAGAUAUUCUAUCAGAGAGUGAUAGAAUAUCUUAAGAAAGGACAAUUAACAGUCCAAGAAUGAGAAUUCUGCAAAACAGUGGUGGUAAAAGGCCUAUUUUGGUUUGAUGACGUCAUCAGUCAAUUUCUUCUGUCUACAAUUUCGAGAGUGAUGGCAUUGUGAAGAGGAAAAAGAAAGUUUUGUGGUCCUAGCUAAAAUACUCGUUUGCUGAAAAACCUGAGACCAGCAGAACAUUUCCAGGUGGGGGAGGUGGGGCCGUGCUAAAGCCAAAAUAUUUAAUGUUCAAAAUAAAUGCCAAGGGGCUACUUUCUAAUCAGAAGAGCUGUUUUACAUUUUAGCCCUUUGGUCACCUCAACCACCUAUAGCGUGGGCUUGUUUGCUGAAAUAUAUAUAGAAGAAAACAUUUUUGCCGAGGAGAAGAAUUUAUGAUUUUAAAUGCACCGUGCUGAGUUUUCCAGAAAGAUCUUAUCUUCCCUCCUUAAUUUGACUCUUAUAUCCUUGUCUUUUGAAUCAAACCCCACAAUUCCUUUAAACUAUCUCCCCUUUAAAUAGGUUUCCAUUUUUAAAAAUUCUCAGUUUGAACCUUAACUUCCUUUGAAUCUGUUUCGUGUUCCAAAACCAGAAUAUUUUUGUACAUUUUAUUAAUAUAUUAGUUAAUCUAUUAAUUUCAAGCUUUUAACUUUUAUUUUAUUGUUAACUUAGCUUCUAACCUCUUUAGGUCUGCCCCCAGUCAACAAUUUCUUUAUUAACGGUUGGAAAAUGCCAAAAGGUAUUUUCUUUCGAAAGUCCCUAACUUGUUGGGAAAAUGCGUAGCUGCUGCUUCUGAAUCCCCCGUCAAUGCAUUAAAUUUCACUGCAUGGACGGGGGUAGAAGACUUCAAGCUCAUCGUUCCUCCAAAAAUAACAUAUUUUAAGGUAAAUAGAUUGAAAUUGUCUUGCUGAUAAAUUCCCAUAAUGCAACACCGUCUUAUUCAAAAAUCAGUUUUGAUUGGCUAAACUUAUAACCAAUGGAAUUCAUCCAGCUCCUUCCCAGGAACCACUUUGUCAGUCUUUUCCAUGUUCCUUGUUGCGAUAUGUUAUAAAGAUGUUGCGAGUAUUUAUAACCUUCUAGUAAUGUUGUAAAUAUUUUUGUUAUAUAUGACGUCAUGAUUGUCUUCUCUGUUUUUCGCUCUUUUGGAGUUGUAUCCUUUGUAAGAAGUGAAAAAGAAAAUUAUUUAAUGUGGGGGAGGGGACGAAAAUGAGGGUCUAGAGGCAAAUUCUUCCGAAAAAAGGUUUUUCUCAGACAAUUCCAUCUGACUGUUUUUAGCAUGCUCGGUUUCCUAUUUUAUAUCAUAAUUUUAUGGAACACUUUCUCGUAAAAUGCAUUUUAAUUAUACUUGCAAAUACACACUAUACUCUAUAGGUUUAUUAGGGGUCUUGGCCCCAAAGCACCACUUGCCAGUGAAUGAUUACUCGCAUAUCAGAGGAAGAGGUGUUAAUGUGGUCAGGGCACCAGUACUUUAUGCUGCCCACGUUUGCUUUACAAAACUGCAGUGACCUGACCUUUGUUCAUACUUUCUACGUCAAAUAUGCCAUAGCUUCGAAACUUUUCUCAACAAGCAAUUAUAAAUGUUUUGUUCGGGUUACAGAUCUUUUUUGUUUUCUAUGUUCAGAUUCGUUUGUCUAAAUAUACUCUAGUCCUGUUCUCUGUGGAGAGCUAUAUUGUCCAGCCAACCCCAACCAAAGGUUCAGGGAAACAAAGUUUUUCAUCAGUGAUUCGCACCCAGUCUAUUUUCCGUUACGCAACGAAUUUUGCAUCGGCCUAGAAACGAUGAAGAUUUAACGGCCUAGCUUGUUGCUCCAGAAGAUUUUCGCUUUGCAAAUCUUCCACGUUGCAAACAACUAGCUUUGUAAACACCACAGGUUUUCAUAGACUCUAUAUCAACUAUUCACUUAGCCUGCAUCGCAGAUUUCUUUUCUUGUUUAUAUGGAUCAUAACAUACCUGCUAACCUAACAUAUACUGCAACCAGAUGCUUUGUAAUCAUUCAUAAGAAAUCUUAUUUAGUCCAACGAGAUUGAAUUUAACUGUUGACGUAAAAGAAAUAUUUUCUAUAUACAUGUACAUAAAGAGUUCCAUGCAAUGCGUCAUUCGCAGGUCCACUAUUGUGCAGCUGUGAAAAUAUAUUUGGGUUGAAACCUGUGUACGGCAUUCAUUCAUAGUGGGUACCAAAACAGAAGCAAAGACUAUUUCUGGCUGCAUGAAGUAAAGUCGAAGCCAUUGUUAGGAAGAAGGGAUUGACAAAGCCGCUUUAUGUUGGGCUGGAGGUAUAAACGAAGCCAAUAUAUGCUUGACUCGAGGUAUUCAAGAAACCAAUAUAUGCUUGACCCGAGGUAUCAAAGAAACCAAUAUAUGCUAGACUCGAUGUAUUAAAGAAGCCAAUAUAUGCUAGACUCGAUGUAUUAAAGAAGCCAAUAUAUGCCUUACUCGAGGUAUUAAAGAAACCAAUAUAUGCUAGAUUCGAUGUACUAGAGAAGCCAAUAUAUGCUUGACUCGAGGUAUCACAGAAGCCAAUUUACGCUUUACUCGAGGUAUUAGAAAGCCUAUUCUGCAAAUUUAAGAACAUUCAAAGACAAAAUGGAUCAGGCUAAAGAUAGUGAAAAUGAGGAGAUGCCAAUGGAUAAAGUCACAAAGGCGUUUAUCGCUGCCCACGAAAGCAGUGAGGCAAGUUUGAGUAGCCGAGUACUGCGCUUCUUCCGAGGCCAUGAAGAGAAGAAGGAACUUGAAGACAAGAAGAAGCUUGCUGAAGCACAAAAGAAGAGAGCGGAAGAGCGAAGGGCAAUGGAGGAAUUCUACAGGAAGAAAUAUAAUCUAGGUCAUGGUGCUAAAGGAGGAGAAUGCCAUACAGAUGAAAGUACUGCAACGAAGAAUGAUUCUGGCAGCCAUGACACUUUUGGGCUAGGAAGACUGCAAAGGUUUUUCAGCGUAGAUAAAGAUGGGAAAGAGAGUCAUCCGUGACCUUAAAAAGUCGUCAACAAGUUGUUUUCACAAAAGACAACAGUGGUGAGAAGGAGCACUGUCUGGUUUGGAGGACGAGCAAGUGAAUUUCUGAACGAACAAGCUAAGUUUCUCCUUUCUUCCAGUCAGUGAGCAUGCGCAAUAAAGAUUGACUUCAAGCGCAUGCCUUUGAAUUCAAAGAUGGGAGUGGCUCAUAAAUUUUAAAGCUUUUAUAUUGCGCCAGUAGAACACGCUAGUUUUAAUUGUAGAAUUCUUACUUAAAAGCCAGAGGUCAAAAGGAAGGGGUCAAAUGGUGGAGGUCAAAGGACACAAUGAUAUAGAAGAUUUUGAUUGACACUGUAGCAUGUGUUCUACACCAUGUAAUGAAUGUGAUAAACCUUAAAUAACACGUUUUUAAUAUGUAUAGAUAUAACGAUUUUAUCAAGUUCUGUUUUGCAGACUCCCCUCCAUUCCAUUUCAAUUUUUUUCAUUUAUUCAUAUUUAUCCGCGAUGUCCAUUCAGUUCUUCUAUAAAAGUUAAUUACAAUAAAAAGUUGCAGUUUCUAACUAAUUAAAUCAAGAUACUUUGCCCUAAGAAAUCAAUCAAAAAUACUUUGCCCUUGUUCAAAGCCUUUAAAUUCUUCACUUCUUCCUCCAUAUCUCUUUUAACAGCUCUGAAGUCAUGCUUUGUCUGACUCAGGCUGCCCGUUAGCGUAGAGUUAAUGUCCGUUGCUUUAAGUUAGAAGGAAUAGAUUGUGUGUGAAAGCCAAAUUGAUCAAGAAAUGGACAUCGGAAUAAAAAUGGACCCAGAUAUCAUUCUUGAGGAGUAUCCAAAGAGAUUAAAUUUAUCUACAAAAUAGACCAAUUCGACUUACGGCCUCGUUUUGAAAAAAUCUUCAAAUUCUUUUGUACAAAAUUUUUAACCUCAGAUUCGGAUUACGAGCAAUGAUUUUAGUCUAUUUUCAUUAUGUUAUUGCUCACGAUAUUGAUUUUAUGACGACAUAAAGAUAAAAAUUUUAUAAGAGAUUUGACCGUGAUUGGCGAUUAGGGGGGUAUAGUUUCCCCCGGAAUGAUUUUUGCGGUCAAAUCCCUUUUCCAACUUUUCAAACUUCAUUUCUCCAUAAAAUCACAAAGCACAAACAAAAUGAAAAAUGUAUCCAGCCUAAAUCUAUUGUGAUAAAACCAAAUCUGAGCUUAAAAAAGUCGUAUAAUUAAAUUUGGGGAAAUUUCCAAAACAAGGCCGUAAGUGGAAUUGGUCUAUUGAGUAGUACAUGUAUUUUCAACGGAAUUUCAUUUGAGAUAGCAGAUAUUCCGACUCAAACUUUGAGUGAUGAGGUUGUAAUGAAUGGACUAAUUCAGGGCCUAAUUGUUUUUCAAUCUAACUGAUUUUUUGACUGAAACCAUGAAUAUUAAUUUAAAGAUUUCAAGCCUUUUCGUACUGCACGUUUUUGAAAUGACACAGAAAGAGUUCUUUUUCACAUUCGCCUGCUGUUUUGAAAACCUUUUUAUAGCAAAUAAUUAAAUAUACAUCGCAUCAGAGUUUUCUGCACAAGAUAAUGAAUUUACCGAAGAAAAUAACAGCUAACUGGCCUGUUUUAAAGUACUCGAUGCCGUACAAACAUAUGUAGAACAGGACGAUUCUAAGUCGCAACUCUGGGUUCCCACUAAGUUUAAUGUGAUCACCAGGAGUUGUGUAUGUUUUUUAAUAAACAAUUCAUGUACAAGACAUAUUGACUAAAGAAGAUUACAGUUAACUGGUCUGGGAUGAAGUGCUUGAUGCCGUGAGGGAAAACUGUACACAUUGCGGUGUAUAGAACAGGACGGUUCUAAGUUGUAGCCCUGGGUUUGACGCUUAACGUGAUCCCCAGGCAUUGUGUAUGCUUGUUAAUAAACAAUUCAUGUACAAGACAUAUUGACUGAAGAAGUUUACAGCUAACUGGUCUGGUAUAAGGUGCCGUGUAGGGAGAGCUACCACGUUGAAGUGUAUAGAACAGGAUAGUUCUUAAGACACAACACCAAGUUUCCACUUUCAAUACGAUAACCAGGCAACUGCAGCGUAAAUUUAAUAUCAAAGACUAUUAGAUCCUUCAAGCAUAUUAUGUUGUGCCACAAAGUGUUUCAGAUUGUCCAUGUACGGUACAUCUUCUAGUGUAGGCCUAUUGGAUCAUCCUAGGUUGGUUUUUUGACAUGUAAACAACGUAGGUCUUGGAAGGAAGGAAGGGUUGUGAAAGAGUAGAAAAAUUGUAAUGAAAGAUAAGAAGGAAUAUUUAUACAUUUUUAUACAUUCCAAAAAGUUACAUAACAAGUUACUGUAAUACCUUAACAACACGCUACUUUGCAUACACUACAAAGACGAUACCCCGGGGAGCAUCAACUCUGUCUGGGCCAUAACAUAGAGGGGGAAAAUGCACGUUUGUAAUUACAAAGAGCUUGAAGAUAUACGAGACUUUUGAUCUCAAGCAUUGACUCAAUUGACUUGAUCUGUAUACCUGUUAAGAUACCAACCAUAUUACACCUGGGUUGUUCUUUAAGGCAGCCUUUCCACUAGCCUGGGUUAAAACAAAUCCGGGUUAAAAGUUAUCCGUUUCUGCGUUGCGUUCCCACUAACCCACUUGAAAAACGGAUAAAUUUGAAAACGGGUCUCAAAGUGGGUCAGUUUUUACCCGGGUAUCUUUUGACCCACCUGCAAGUUAGUGGAAAAAUGCACGGGUGGGUCUAUGAGAAGUAAACUUUAAUCGAACCGUUUAGUUUCAAAAUAUGAUUUAAUAUUUAAACAUGAUUGAACAUGUUUUCAAUGUGUGUCUUGUGCCCUACGUCUUAAAUUUACAGAUUAAAAGUGAAUCUCUAAAACUAAAAAUAUGAUACAUAAAAAAUACAUAAAUUUCAAGAUCAACUAUUUACAUUCAAAUUUCAAGAAAAUAUUUGUUAAAAUAUUCCUAAAGUUUUAUCUUAAAACUCUUUGAAGUUCUUAAUUUUACGACGUUCCAGUGGCAGUUCAUUUUAAGCUUUGCACCCAUCAGGGACCAUGGAAGCAGGGGAGGGGGCUACGGGGGCUUUAGCUCCCUAAGUAAUUUCCAAAACGUACUUGAGAUCAUACCAAAAGUCGCUCUGCUAUUGGUUUUAGCAUGUUUAGCCCCCUCCCCCAAAACAUUUUAGCCCCCCUCAAUCGGUAAUAUGUUCUGCGGUCCUUGGCAUCCAUAAACAUAUAUGAUCUUCGUGCAUAAUCAAUUACCAACUUUUUAGAUUGUUUUGUACUUCAAGAAGUACUGCGUGAUGUUUUCUCGGGCUAUGUGGCGAAAAUCAGGGUUCUAAGAACAGAUCUUGAUGAUAAAGGCCCAUUUCCACUUGACAUUUUUUGUGCGCGCGGGCGUAGCGCCCAAAUCUGAGCAUGCGUAGCUAAAUGCUGCUGUCAAGUGGCCGAGCGCACAAAAAAGUUGAGAUCCUAUCAACUUUCUGGCGCUCACAGCGGACGCAAAAUCGAGACCACUUGACUUUAACUACGCAUGCUCGGAUUUUGGGGCUACGCCCGCGGGCACAAAAAAUGUCAAAUGGAAAUCGGAAUUAUGAUGGCAGCGAAAAAGUAGUUUAAAUACUUCAUUUUGAUAGCAAAAACUUCUUUUUGGUAGGAGAAAAUCUGGGAUAUCACUCCAGUCUAGCUGUUUUGAAAAUCAAAUUAUCCUGGGUGUCCUAUCGAAUUAAAAGCAGAUAAGGUCUUUUCCUCUCUGUGUUAUUGUGAGAUUUCGAUUAGGUCUGAGUAUUCAACGCGCACGAAACGCUAAUUAUUUUUUUAGUCGUGUUUCUAAUUUGCUUAGGAAAUCGAUUAUUGUGGGAAAACCAUUUAUGUUUUAAGUAGGAUCUCUAAAACUGCUGUAUCAAAUGUUCCAUUCCACCUGUUUUUGCGUGUUUUAAGAGUUUCUCAGCUCCAGUUCAUCAGAAAGACCGUUGUUGCGAUAAUAGCUAUGCCAGAUGUUUUUUUCGACUUAAUGUAUGUUGCCUACAAGAGGCAAGCGCGUAUCAAAACUCGAUCAGUGUCGCACAGCCUGCUGAAGACAGAAGAUACUUGUAGGGGCAUUACCAAGAUAUUAUAGAAGCAUCACCAACGUCCAUCGCUACAGCCACUUUUCAGCCUAUUAUACCAUUUUGAGCUUGCAGUAAAACCAGAAAGAAAUAAAGACGUCUUCAACACAAUUUUUUUCAGGCCACGCAGCAAUAUCGGCCGUGAAGGGUUCUUAACUGUUGACAACAUCAAAAUCAGAACUUGCUGAAGAAAUUGCCCCUAGAAUGCACCUUGCAGUCAAAAGCCAAAGGUCAAAAGGUCAAAGUCCAUAGUCAAA